UUCAAUCACGACGUAAGGGUAUCCUGGAAACUGGGCUCCAGUUGGCUGAUGCAAACAAGACUCGUGGGUUCCCAAGAGCUUUCGGGUACGUAAACUAAAAGGGGUGAUCAGUUUCAGCUCAAAAAUUCCCAUGGCCCAGAGCCCGAGUACACACAGCAGCUGUUCCUACUCGCGGGGCCACAGGGAAGGGGAGGAUGAUGGGAGAAGACGAGCAACUAACUACAAGCCCCAGCAUGCAAUGCGCUAUUUGGCUUCUGGAAAGAGGCCCGCGGUGCAGCGCGGUUCAGCCUCGGCCCAGAACGCGGGCGGAGUGCAAGAUGCUGACUGUCCUCCAACCAGAAUGCUCAGAAUGAGGAAGACAGGUGUGGCGCUGUGAGCGAGCCCUUAGAUCUCGUAUCCAAGACUCUCCCUGUUUCUCCCUAGCUCCUGGCAUGCUAGGUAGCGGUGUCUCUGUACGCCAGACUAUUCCUCACAGGCCGGCAUCGGCCCUCCGAUGUUGCCUACGGUGUUGCCACGGAACGCCCGGAGCCGGAUGUGACGUCGCCGUGGAGGAAGAAGGGAGAGGUGGAGCGUGGCGCGGUGACGUCCUUCCAACAUGGCGGAGAGAGAGUGAAGAAACUGUGUUCCCCUUUGGGUUACUAUAGAGCAAGGGUAAAAUUCGAUUCUGAUAUCAAAAUGCAGUAUUCGCACCACUGUGAGCACCUUUUAGAGAGACUGAACAAACAACGGGAAGCAGGUUUUCUUUGUGACUGCACCAUAGUAAUUGGGGAAUUCCAGUUUAAAGCUCAUAGGAAUGUGCUUGCCUCGUUUAGUGAGUAUUUUGGUGCGAUCUACAGAAGCACUUCAGAGAACAAUGUCUUUCUUGAUCAGAGUCAGGUGAAGGCUGAUGGAUUUCAGAAACUGUUGGAAUUUAUAUACACAGGAACUUUAAAUCUUGACAGUUGGAAUGUUAAAGAAAUCCAUCAGGCUGCUGACUAUCUCAAAGUGGAAGAGGUGGUCACUAAAUGUAAAAUAAAGAUGGAAGAUUUUGCUUUUAUUGCUAAUCCCUCUUCUACAGAGAUAUCUAGUAUUACCGGAAACAUUGAAUUGAAUCAACAGACUUGUCUCCUUACUCUACGAGAUUAUAACAGUCGGGAGAAAUCAGAAGGGUCUACAGAUUUAGUUCAGGCAAAUCCUAAACAAGGGGCUUUAGCAAAGAAGUCAUCUCAAACUAAAAAGAAGAAGAAGGCCUUCAACUCCCAGAAAACAGGGCAGAAUAAAACAGUGCAAUAUCCCAGUGACAUUUUAGAGAAUGCAUCAGUUGAAGUAUAUCUAGAUGCAAAUAAAUUGUCCACACCUGUAAUAGAACAAGUUGCACAAAGAAAUAAUUCAGAACUUGAGUUGACAUCAGUUGUGGAAAAUACUUUUCCAGCACAAGAUAUUGUGCAAACUGUUACAGUGAAACGGAAACGUGGAAAAUCACAGCCAAACUGUGCUCUGAAAGAACACUCUAUGUCUAAUAUAGCCAGUGUCAAGAACUCUUAUGAGCUGGAGAGCUCCGGGGAAGAGCUGGAUCAGAGGUAUUCCAAGGCCAAACCAAUGUGUAACACGUGUGGGAAAGUGUUUUCAGAAGCCAGCAGCUUGCGAAGGCACAUGAGAAUACAUAAAGGAGUCAAACCUUAUGUCUGCCACUUGUGUGGAAAGGCAUUUACCCAAUGUAACCAGCUGAAAACGCAUGUAAGAACUCAUACAGGUGAGAAGCCAUACAAAUGUGAAUUGUGUGAUAAAGGAUUUGCUCAGAAAUGCCAGCUAGUCUUCCAUAGUCGCAUGCAUCAUGGUGAGGAAAAACCCUAUAAAUGUGAUGUAUGCAAUUUACAAUUUGCAACUUCUAGCAAUCUCAAGAUUCAUGCAAGGAAGCAUAGUGGAGAGAAGCCAUAUGUAUGUGAUAGGUGCGGACAGCGAUUUGCCCAAGCCAGCACAUUGACCUAUCAUGUUCGAAGGCAUACGGGAGAAAAGCCUUAUGUGUGUGACACCUGUGGGAAGGCAUUUGCUGUCUCUAGUUCUCUUAUUACUCAUUCUCGAAAACAUACCGGUGAAAAACCAUACAUAUGUGGUAUUUGUGGGAAAAGUUUUAUUUCCUCAGGAGAGCUCAACAAACACUUUCGAUCCCAUACAGGAGAAAGACCAUUUAUCUGUGAAUUAUGUGGAAAUUCUUACACAGAUAUUAAAAAUUUAAAGAAGCACAAAACAAAAGUCCAUUCUGGUACAGAUAAAAUUCUAGAUUCCAGUAUAGAGGAUCAUCCCUUGAGUGAACAAGAUUCCAUACAAAAAAGUCCUUUAUCAGAAACUUUGGAUGUGAAGCCUUCUGAUAUGACUUUACCACUAACUCUUGCACUUGGGACUGAGGACCACCACAUGCUUCUGCCUGUUACAGAUAAUCAGUCUCCUACAUCAGAUACAUUGUUGAGGUCAACUGUGAACGGGUAUUCAGAACCACAAUUGAUUUUUUUACAACAAUUAUACUGACUUUGUGAGGAAUAUGGAAUUGCUAAAUCGUCUCUGGUAGUAAACAUAAACAUCUCUGGUAAGGUGCAUAUAUUCAUAUUAAAUUAACCCUUCAUUUGAGUUGUGGCCAUUAUUUUUCAUUCACUGAAGUAAAAGCACCUGAUGCUGCAUCAUAACUGUGCAAUGCUUAUUUUGAUAUUUGGCUUUUAUGUCUACAUUAUACACACAGCUUUUAAAGGAAUGAAUUAUACUACAGUAGCACUAUUUGGGGUGGAUAAGUUUUACUAUCUUUUAGAGCUGCCUUAAUUCCAUAUUUAUUUUCAUUUUAGAAUUGCCUUUCAUUUACUCAAGUGGAAUCUAUCAGUUUAUGAUUCACUUAAUGACCUGUGGGAUGUGUUUAUUUUCUUCCCCUCAAAAUUUAAACAAAAUCCAUAAUAGUAUCAGCCCAAGAGUGGUGCUGUUACUAAGCGCCACAGACCAGUACAUAAACUAUGGGGAAAAAAAAUUCGUAUCUCUGCCUAAGAAAAUUUAGGUACUGAGUAAGAAUUGUGCUAUUUCUCUAUUAAUAUAGUCCAUUGGAGGUAACUUUUCUAAUGAAACAAAAAGUGCUUCUCUUAAAAACUAGAAAACUAUGUAUAAAUUUUGUUCAUUUAGAACUCAGUAUUCUGGAUAAAACCAAUGGUCAGUACUUUUGAUUUGAAUUAUCUGAGACUACAUUUUCAAAGUGAAUUUUAAAUAGAUAUUUGGUGUUUUUAUCUUAUUAAAGACAGCUUCAGAUUUGAUGCAGAUUGUUUUAAGGUUUCUAGAUUACUGGAGAUGAGGAAAAUAUACUGAGUUUUGAUAAUUUUUGAUAAGCCUCUCAUAUUCUUAUGCACUUUUUAAAAUAUAAAAUCCUAAAAAGAAUUUUCUAAAUAGAAACUUAAUGCAUAGUAUAAAACACUUGUUUUCUGAAUUUGUAAUUAUAUUCAUAAAUAGUUAAGAAAUUAACUUCAGUUAUAAGUGAACAUUUGAGUUAUCAGAAAGCCAGUUUAUUAAACAUUUUAUACUUGAGUUUUCUGUAAGUUUCGAGUUUUACAUUUUUAUAGAUUAAACCACAACAGUUCAUGGUGGUCGUAGUUUCACAGUAGUCCUUUUCCUUCCUAAUGAACUUAGAAAAUUCAGAUUUAUUCUGAUAUUUACUACCACUCUUCCCCCUCCCAUUUUUCCCACAUAUUGAUUUAUUUCACUGCCUAAUCUUUGGACAGUAAAUUAUCAGUUCCUCAAAGUCAGUUCCUAUACUGCUGAUCAAACACCAUGGUGACAUUAUUUCUUACUUCUGCCGUGCAUCAUUUGUUUUCUGCUUUUAAACUAUACCUGUAACAAAAUUAAUGUAUUUUCUAUUGGUAUUGAUUUCUUUAGUUGUAUUUUCUCUGGGGUUCCUUGUCAUAGGAACCAAGUAGAAGACUUAGUAAAACUAAAUUCUUCUAAACUGUAGAGAUCAUCACCAUUUUACAGCACAUGCAGCAUUUUUACAAUAAAUUGCCACCAGUGGGAUUGACUUAAUUAAAUAGAGUUUGAAAUACUGCCUUUGUAUAACAGACAUCAAACUUAGUAUUUAAUUUAUCUAAGAAAUCUAAUUAUGCAUAUGUAUUAAUUUAAUAUACUGGGUUUAAAUACAAUUUAUAAAGUUAUAAAAAUGUUCAACUAAUCUAUUCUGGCUUAAAUUCAAUAGGAAUUUAUUGGAAUGUGAAGAAAUUAAAGAAAAUUAAGACUCAGCCUUUUUAAGAAGUCUGCUGAAAUGGAGAGGCUAUAUUUAAUUCACAUCUUCAUUAAUCCAAGCAUCUAAUGAACAAAAUUUCUUUUUAAAAGCUGCUGUAGUGAUGUCAUAAUUCUGUAAGGGUAGUAGUUACCAAAUUUCCUCUAACAUGAUGAUAAUUAGCAUUUGCCUUUACAUAAAUUAGUCUUUAAAUUUAUUAUAUUUAGGAUUAUUGGAGUGACUGAAGUUGAUCUAUUCUCUUCAUCACAUUAUCUGCUUCUUAGCUAAAAUAAUUUUAUUUUAAAUUGACAUGGCUUGACACUCUUCCAGAAUGACAUGUAAAGAAAGCUUGAAGACUGAGUAUCUUUGUCUUGUCAUUCUUCUCAUAAUGCUGUAUUAUUCUUUAUCAUAACAUGCAUGUAUUUUAGUUGUAUCUGCUAUCAUUGUAACACUCACAAUUAUCAGUUAAGUUCAUCUUUAAAUAUAUUUACUACAAUGCAGUGUUUUGGGAAAGUUCUAUUCUUAAUUAUGUAAGUAUUACUAAGUUUUUUGAAAGUCUUUUUAGGAUGCUGAACAUCUUAUUGAGAAAUUAUUUUCUAAGUUAAUUUUGUUUUGUAUUUGUAUUAGAUUAUUCUUUCUGUAUCGUUAGGUUUUAGGCUUUUUAAAAAACCAUAGAUUAUAUAUAAAUGAUUUUUUGCUGGUAUUUGUUUUAUGUUUAAUUUCAUAGAAUGAUUUUGAUAGACAGAUUUUAGAAAAUUGUUUUAUUUUUUCCAAAAGAAAAGGUUCUGUCAUUUCUCUUGCAACAAUAGUGUGUCACUUUUCUGUAUGUUUCAUUUCUACAGCAAUUGUACAAAUGAGAGUAGUUGAAAUGUGCUUAUAUAAAGACAAUCUACAUGUACUCAUUUUUUUAAAUAUCCUAGAACAGUAACUGACAUUUGAUGCAUAUCAGAAACAUAGCUUAAAAAUAGUGGUGUCCAAGCCCCACCCCACCUUAGGCUCUCUGAAUCAGACGAUCUCCAGAACAUGCUGAAAAGCUCCAUAGGUAAUCUUAAUGCAUACCAAACACUGAGAACUAUUAUCCUAAACAUUUCUUGGUGUUCUUCCUUUGGGCUCUUGAUAUGUGAUAUGUAGGCUCUAUUUUUUUUUCUUUUGGCCGCACCACGCGGCUUGCAGGGAUCUUAGUUCCCCGACCAGGGAUUGAACCCGGGCCCUCGGCAGUGAAAGUGCAGAGUCCUAACCACUGCACUGCCAGGGAAGUCUCUCUGUGGGCUCUUGAUAAAUGAAGCUCUUGAUAUAACUUUUCACUUUUUACUCAGAGAUUUUGAGUCUUUAGAACUUGGCUAGAAAUACCACCAAAUAAAAAGAAAUUGUACUUUAAUGCAAUUUCUGUAAAUUCUACAUUUUUACUCAUUAUGUAUGAACAAUACCGAUAUUUAGUUAUUGGAGCAUUUCUUGAGACAGUGAUAUGGUCUACUCGCCUGUCCUCUACAACCCCUGCCCCCCCCUUCACUGAACAGAGAUUUGGUGUAUUUGCUUAAGGAAUUUAGAUAAUUAUCAUGUAAACACAGUAAUCAUUCAGAAAUAGGGUAUUUAAUUUCAAGAAUAUACUGAAAUAAACACCAUGGAUGUGAAUCAGAUAUUUGGAUUAAAAUAUCUGGCCAUUAUUUCAAAUGCUGGAAAAUUAUUGAAAUCAGAAUACAUACAGCUGUAAAGAUGAAUAAAAUGAUCUCCUCUUUUAAGUUUACAGUCUAGUGGGAAAGACAAGCCUGAAUGCCAAGUGUUAUAGUGGAGGAAGGAAAGAAAGGAAAUGCUGAGCAGUCAAUGGAAGUUGAGUGGACAGAGAAAGGGCUGUUACUCCCCUGGAUAGGCAAACAAGAGGAGAUGGCUAAUGGGAGGAAUUUGUACACAGCUGACUGAGGUAGGGAGAAUGGAGAGAAAGUCUGAAAGGUGGUGGCAGAGAUAGGAAUCAAAGACACAUCUAGCACUAUCUAUACCACCUUGAAAUAGUCCUCUACCUUUAGCCUGUGCUGAAAGAGUGGGAUUAGAUAGCCAUGUUUAUAAUCCAGGAUCUCACACACUCAACUACAGUUGACUGCUGAAGGGCAGGGAUUAGACAGCCACACUUGUAACAUAUGAUUCUAUACUUGUGACCACAGCUGACGAACAGCUUACCAGGGAGAAACAAUUCUUAGGCCAAACGGAGCGACUUUCUUAAGAAUUUGAGCUAUGAAAUUCAGAGACUUCCUAGGUAUUGGUGUACAUGGAAAAGAUCAUUUAGAUCUGGUCCAGAGUCACUGAAGCAAGCCAAAGUCUAAAAGAAAUAGUGAAGAAGCAGAGAAAGCUGACCUGUAGAGCGAAGCAAGGGGAUGAAGUAGGUUUGCAGAACCAAGCGACUGAGGCCCUGUGAGAGAAGUGGCUUGGUUUCGGGCUUUGCAGACCUUUCUUGAGGUCACACAGCUAUGCUUCAUUUCCUUGUUCUGGAUGCCAGUGAUUUUUGCCUAUUAAAUUCUUACAGUAAAGCCCCCUUUCCUUUUUUUUUUCUCUCUCUCUUUUUUUUUUUUGCCGUGCCGCGCGGCCUGCAGCAUCUUACUUCCCCAGCCAGGGACUGAACCCGCAAAUUCCCUAAAUCCCCCUUUUCUUAAGCAGGCUUGAGUCAGUUUCUGUUGCAUGUAGUUAGGCAGUUUCAACUUAGAAUCCUAAGUUCUGAUCCUCAGCGAUUGAGUAUAUGGAGGUGCCAUUAACUGCUAGGCAAGAAAAGGGGGAGGUUUAUGGAAGAGAAGACUUUAUUUUGUAUGUGCUGAAUUUGAUCAGUGGUGAGAUACCUAUGUGAAAAUGUCUAGCAGUAGUUGGAAAUGGGGACUGAAACCCAGCAGAGGUUAAAGCUAGAGAAACAGAUCUUGCAGCAUAAGGCUAAUAGUUAUUGUGAUAGAAAUGAUUUAGGCAACCCUGGGAGAUAGUACAGAAGAACAAAAGAUGAGGACAAAAUCUUGGGGGAAAUGCAUUUUAAGAAUGAGCAAAAGACAGAAAAGGAGAUGGAAAGUGAUAAUAGGAAGAAAACCAGGGUGAUGCAAGUUUCACGAAGACAAAAGUGGCUUUGUACUGAUCACGUGGUACAGAGAAAUUAGAUAGGAUGCAAAUCAAAGACAACAUUGGGUUGAGUAAUUGGGUUGGGUAAUUGGAGCAUGAUGAUCCCCUGAGAAAGGCAGCUGCAGUAAUAAUAGUGGGAGUAGAACCCAGGUUGAUAUGGUUUGAGUAGUAGAUAAGACAUAAUGAAUACUACCAUUUAGUUUGAAAAGCAAGAGUGUGUACAGCAAACAAGAUCAUUUUAUCAAAUAUCUAAAAGGUAUAAACCACUUUAUUUCUUGCUUUUUUGCUUCAAACUUGAAACUUUGUUAAAUGAUGAGCAUACUAGAGUCUGUAACACUGUAAUUUGAGCUGGAUCUUAAAGGAUGAUUGCUAAGAGGAAAAUGGAAGGAAAUGUAUAACAUGUAUAUGAUUGCAGAUUUGCUCGUUACAAUUCAGAUGUGCAGAAGAAGGUGAAUUUUCCUACAGAACUCUUGCACCCAGUGGGAAGUCUAGAAAAAAAUUAACUUUUAGUCCUAGGCACUUUAAAACCUAAUCUGAUACAAAGCAGCUAGAAUUUAUAUCUUAAGGUAGUGCUUAAACAUUUUGAAAAUUGCUGUCUUAUUUCUACCCUUUGUCUUCUCUCUAAAAUGAUGUCCACAUAUAUGGGGAGGAGAGGAGGCUUGCAUGACAAAAUGGCAUCAGGGAAGACACUGUCUUCACUCUAUUCUCUGAGCAUCCUGCUGGCCUCUCAUGCAAUAGGCAACAGCUUGUAAAAUAUGUCAUCAGGUUUUCCUUAGCCUGGUCAGAGCCCAGUAAUUCUUGGCUGACCUGGCUUCACCUUAGUUCUCUUGGAUGUGGAGAAGAGAGCUCUGAGACUUCUGCAAAAAUGUCUCAAGCGGUCCCGUGUAAGUCAGGUUGCAGGUUUAGCACAUGCCACUCCACUGCAGGCUCCAGAUAAGCCUACUUCCCAUUUACCUAUUUGCUUCCCACUCAGCUACCUUGUCAGUCUCCCCUUGGGAGAAUAGAGGAACUUUUCGGUCCCCUCUGUAGCACAGAGGAACAGAGAGUAGCUUGGGAAAGCAAACUGCAUUAGGAAGGUUUACUUUGAUAUGGCUGUGUCCUAGCCUGGGAGUAUCUCUUCCAGAAUCCUGUGGACUCCUCUACUACCCAGCAUAUUAUGGAAUACUUCAAAACAAUGAAAGCUGAAUAGACACUGCUACUUUAAACAACAUGAAUGACUUGCACUAAUAUAAUGUACAAAAGAAGUCUGACACAAAGCGUAUCUAUACUGUAUGAUUCCAUUUAUAUAAAAUUCCAAAACAUGCAAAACUACUCUGUGAUGUUAGACAUCAUGAUAGUGGUUGUCUAUUGGAAGAUAGUUGGAGGUGGUUCUGGGGAAGCUUAUGGCAUUUACUAUCUUUAUCUGGGUCCUGGUUAACACAGAUGGGUUAGCUUUGUGAUAAUUCAUCUCGCUAUUCACUUAGAUACUUCCAUUUAAAAGAAGUAUAUACUAAAGAAACUAAUUUGAAGAAUGAGAAAACCAGAGCAUUGGUUUUCAAACUUCAGUGAGAUUAAAGAUGACCUGGAUUGUAAAACUGCGGAUUCCCCAGACUGUCCUCAGAAAUUGAUUCAGUAGCUCUCAUUCUAAGAAUCUGUAUUUUUAACAUUUGCCCCAGGUGAUUCUGAUGCUCCAUACUUUAAAAAAUGCUGAUUUAGUAUCUUCAGUUUAAACUGUCUUUACUCUUUGGACAGAUGUUCAAGUGUCUGUGACAGAAGUCUGUCAUAGUGUUUCUCAAGUCUGAGUGUAUUGGCUAUCUAAUUGCUAGGAGUAGCAUUUCCUCACCAGCUUAAUGUUUUCCAAAUGUAAUGACAGUUGUUAGAAAUGUUUGUAUUUUUUCCUACACCAUGGUUUUCUUGCACUCAUUGAAUUCUGCAGUUUUUCAAAUUUGAUCAAAAGACAAAAUUUUUUUAAAUUUCCUAUUGCAUUUUUAACACUAUAGACAUGACUUUCCUCGGACACACAACUUUUUUUUAGAUACAGUCAAUUAUUUCUAGCUAUAUUCAGCAUGUAAUAAUGUAAAAGAACUUGGUAAAAAACAGCUAGUCUUUAUAUCUGCAGAGGAGAGAUCUUAAAGUGGAAAGAAAGAUCUGAAACAUGUAGAGAACACUGGAAACUAAAGUUUGAUAAAAGCUAAUAACUAAGAGUAAAAUAAGAUUCAUCUCUCUGAAAGCAUGAGAAUGGAUUUGGUAAGGCAUUUAGGUCUUUUCUGGCUCAGUAGCUCUAGAACAUUAAGUGCAAAUCAUGGUUCAUAUAAUUUAUUCAGAUGUUCUUCCCAUUUCAUAACCACCACCACCAUCUGUGCCACCCCCUCAUCACCACCACCCCAGUUUCCCCAGGGAGUAUGGAAGUGUGGUAUGAGGUGCUGAAUAUAAGGAAAAACCUGUUAAACUUUAAGAAUCAUUAAGUAGUGAGUAGGGCAUAUUUAAUUCUUUAAUCUAUUAAAGGAAUGGACAAUGACAGAUGUGGGGGUUUUCUGUAAUGUUAAAUUUUUUGAAUAAAUACAGCUGUGAUUUGAGGAAUUCCCAGUACUUUAAGUGAAGGCCAAUACUUUGACAACUGUAAAGCUAUCACCUUUAUUCCUCUCAACAUUUAGAGACAGAUGGUUUUUCCAUUUAGACUGCAGAACUUCAAGUAACCUCUUUAAAUUGUUCACAUAAAAUUUUUUUUCUCACACUUUGCCAGCUUUAGCAGUAAUAAAUCAUUCAGAUUAAACAGUUAAGUGGUAUGUAUGAAUUAAUUUGUGAACAUGGGUGUGUAAUCAAAGGAUCGUGGUGUCUGUUGCCUCUUCAUAGAAAUUUUAAUUUGAAAACAGGAUUGACCACAGACAACAGUAAUUGUUUGCCAUCAAAUCAUGAAAAUGUUAUUGGCAUCCUCCAAAAGAGAGAAUUAUCUUUUUUAAAAGUUCACUGGCAGCACUGACUUGUUUGGAAAGUAUACAUUUAUAUGUAUUUGUAUAUGUAUAUAUAUAUUUGCCUGUAUUUGUGAAAUUGUAUCAAUACCCAUUUGUAAAAUACCUAAAAUACUUUUUCAACCUCUAAACCCCUUGACAGUCCCUGGAAUCUGCCACCUGAAACCUUUUUACCACUUCAUGACAACUUUCAGUUAGGAUACCUAUGAUGACCUUUCCUUGUAUGCUACUUUACUCUUUGGGUAUAUUUUCUUUAUAAAAAGAAAUUAGUUCCUUGAUUUCCUUCUCCAGGUGUUCAAAUUUUAGUCCCUCUUUUGCUAAAUUUCUUUGAAAAAAUUACACUACUCAGUUUUUCACAAUGGACAGUUACUCACAGUUUAGUAUCUCUUUUCAUUGUUCUAAUUUAUGAAAGAAAAUUUAAUAGACAAUAAAAUGUAAUCUCCGUGAAGAGUAAUAAGACAAAUAUAUGAAAAUUAAAGCUUGUUUUUCAUAGAUAUUGACCUACUGGUACAAGAGUAAGACCUGCAUUAGAUGAUAGGCUGCAAGCUUCUCCAUAACCUGGUGUCCAGUAAUAAUGCCUUUUAAGGCCAUUGGAGACUUCUGCAAGGUACACGUGUCCAUCCACCACAUAUGGCUCCACAUCUGUAUUGUCUGAUUUUAGACGGCCCAUGUGAAUUAAAUCUGAAUAUGCCUAGGAUUUUUAAGAAAAACUGUAUCAUUAAGAAAACAGUUUAUUCAUUUUACAGUGCUUAAACAAAUAUCAACAUUCAAAUUAAAUGUGAUAAUUUAUAGUUUAAAAUAUUCUGUAUAACACUGCUGAAUUUUAUUUUCCAGGCAUUGUAGUUUUUAUUAAUUCCACACAAUGUAAUUACAAUCUUGCAAAACUUAUUUCUACAUUUUAACGUUAUUAGGCAUGUUUUGUUGUUUCAUGACUCCCCGAGAUAACAAUUCUAUGUAUUACCAAUUUUGUGGACCAGAGGUCUCAUGGUCAAAAUUUUCAAGUCCUAAGGUGACUGACUCAUAAAUAAGGAUGGAGGGCUGUUGUAUAUGCCCUUGAAGAUCCGAUGACAGCCAGGGAUCCAUUUUUCAGCAAAAUAAACAAUCACAGAUUUUGGCAUACAACUGUAUGGAAUUCAUGGACCCUCUGAAGAUAAUCUAUAGAUUUAGGCUUAGACUAGAGACCAUAACCAUAGUAUGAGAUGCUGGCCUGGCUGGCCACUAAUUAUUUCUUCAUUGUAGAAUUUUCUUUGUAUAUCUCUUAUGGAUCAUUGAUAUCUACAUAAAAGUGUCAUACAAACAUGUUAAACUAGUUUGUCAGUAAGGUUGCGAUUAUAGAGAAAGGCAGAAAUUAGACAGUAAAAGAUUCAAAAGUCUAGUUGCUUUCUGCUGUAGCUUGUCAUUAGUAGUUCCAACUCAGCUCAGCCUCUAGUGUAUAGAAUGUGGAUAUGAUGUUUUUCUGAAAUCAAGGGUUUUUUUUUUUUCUUUUUUUUUUUGCAGUACACAGGCCUCUCACUGUUGUGGCCUCUCCCGUUGCAGAGCACAGGCUCUGGAUGCACAGGCUCAGUGGCCAUGGCUCACGGGCCCAGCUGCUCCGCGGCCUGUGGGGUCUUCCCGGACCGGGGCACGAACCCGUGUCCCCUGCAUUGGCAGGUGGACUCUCAACCACUGUGCCACCAGGGAAGCCCAAGGAUUUUUUUUUUUAAUAGUGUACAUUUUAUUAGCCUUUUUAGUGAUAGAAUUCUGGUUAGUCUUUUGGCAAUUUUUGAGAAUUCGAACAUAUAUAUAUAUAUUUUUUUGGCUGUCUUGGGUCUUUGUUGCUGCGCGUGGGCUCAGUAGUUGUGGCUCACCGGCUCUAGAGCGCACGGGCUCAGUAUCUGUGGCACACGGGCUUAGCUACUCCGCGACAUGUGGGAUCUUCCCAGACCAGGGCUUGAACCCAUGUCCUCUGCAGUGGCAGGUGGACCCUUAACCACUGUGCCACCAGGGAAGUCCCCUAACAUCUUGUUUUUCUUUCUCUUCUUUCCAAAUGAAAACUAUUUGUUACUAUGCUUUUUGUGUGUGUUGAAAGCAGUAUCAAGGGUUCUCUGUAUUUACAUAAGCAACACACCAAAUAUUUUGACAGCUUUUACUAUAUCUCUCUAAAUUCUGUGUCUUGGUUUAAUUAUUGGGUAGCAGAUUGGAGAUUGUGCUACAGCAAAUUUAAAAUAAAUCAACAAUUGUGAUUUAAAAAAACUUUGGAGAAAUUGGGACUGUGUAAUUCAGUGACCUUUAUACUAAUAUGUAGUAUUUGAUAUCUUCUCCUAUUUCAACCACAAAACUUUCCAAUAGCUAAUUUUUAGGACUUAACAUUAAAAUUUAUCAAAACUG